AUGCAUAGAAGCAAGUACCUUAUCUACAUCACAGUCAUAGUGAUAGCUCUACUAUCUUUCAAGAAGUUCAAUUUCAUCCGCUGUUUCACCAUGUCAUCAAAAACCCCGCCUUAUUACAAGGAACUCCAAGUUGCCACACUUGCUGUCAAGCGAGCAUCGAUAUUGACCAAACAAUUAAGUGAUUCAAUCCUGCAGGCUAAAUCAGGAACAAUUACUAAAGAGGACAAAUCACCAGUUACAAUUGGAGACUUUGCAAGCCAGGCGAUUAUCAAUAACGCUAUAAAGUUGAAUUUCCCCGAUGACGAGAUUGUCGGUGAGGAAGACUCGCAGGAUUUGCAAGACAAUGCCAAGCUCUCUUCUGAAGUGUUGAAUUUGAUCACCAAAGUGCAACAAGAGACUAGUGAGUACGACGAUGUGAUUGGGGAUAUAUCUAGUGAGGAAUUAGUUUUUAAAAGUAUUGAUUAUGGAAACUCCGAAGGUGGUGCAAAGGGCAGAUUUUGGGCAUUGGACCCUAUUGAUGGUACAAAGGGGUUUCUUAGAGGUGACCAAUUCGCAGUCUGUUUGGCAUUGAUUGAUCAAGGUAAAGUUGUUCUUGGAGUCAUUGGAUGCCCCAACUUGGCUCAAUACGUGGAAUCAAAUGAGAAUCACCACGGAACUGUUGGCGGAUUGUACCUGGCCAUAGCAGGUCAAGGCUCGUACUAUUCCGAUUUGUUCAUAACUGGAUUCAAACCAUUAGAUCAACAACAACGUAUACAUAUGUCAGAACGUGAGUCUCCCAAUGUUUUAAAAGUCGUGGAAGGUGUUGAAAAGGGCCACUCUUCUCACUCAACACAAGCCCAAAUCAAGGACAAGAUUGGAUUUGAUCAAAGCACAGUUUCUAAACAAACGAUUAAUUUGGAUUCACAAGUGAAAUAUUGUCUAUUAGCCAGCGGUCAAGCUGACAUCUAUUUACGUUUACCUAUAGAUGAUACAUAUAGAGAAAAGAUCUGGGAUCAUGCAGCUGGAAAUGUGUUGGUGUACGAAGCAGGUGGUAAAGUGGGUGACAUUCACGGUACUACAUUGGAUUUCAGUAAGGGUAGAUACUUGAACUCCAAGGGUGUUAUUGCUGCCAACAGCAAGGUUUUCAACACCGUUAUUGACGCGGUUAAGGAUGUUUUGAAACUUUAA